AAAAGUCGCAGUAAAAGUAACUGUAAAAGUCACAGCAAAAGUCGCAGUAAGACAAACAGUAAAAGUAGCAGUAAAAGCAACAGUCAAAAUCGCUCCAAAAGUGGCAGUAAAAAAAGCAGUAAAAUUAGCAGUAAAAGUAGCAAUAAAAGCAGCAGUAAAGGUAGCAGUAAAAGUAGCAGUAAAAGCAGCAGCAAAAUUAGCAGCAAAAGUAGCAAUAAAAGCAGCAUUAAAAAUAGCAGUAAAAGUAGCAGUAAAAGUAGCAGUAAAAGUAGCAGUAAAAGUAGCAGUAAAAGUAGCAGUAAAAGUAGCAGUAAAAGUAGCAGUAAAAGUAGCAGUAAAAGUAGCAGUAAAAGUAGCAGUAAAAGCAGCAGUAAAAGUAGCAGUAAAAGUAACAGUAAAAGCAGCAGUAAAAGUAGCAGUAAAAGUAGCAGUAAAAGUAGCAGUAAAAGUAGCAGUAAAAGCAGCAGUAAAAGUAGCAGUAAAAGUAGCAGUAAAAGUAGCAGUAAAAGCAGCAGUAAAAGUAGCAGUAAAAGUAGCAGUAAAAGUAGCAGUAAAAGUAGCAGUAAAAGUAGCAGUAAAAGCAGCAGUAAAAGCAGCAGUAAAAGUAGCAGUAAAAGUAGCAGUAAAAGUAGCAGUAAAAGUAGCAGUAAAAGUAGCAGUAAAAGCAGCAGUAAAAGUAGCACUUACAGUAGCAGCAAAAAGUCGCAGAAAAAGUAGAAAAAUCGCACUAAAAGUAGAAGUAAAAGUCACUGCAAAAGUCGUAGUAAAAGCAGCACUAAAAGUAGCAGUAAAAGCAGCAGUAAAAGUAGCAGUAAAAGUAACAGUAAAAAUCGGUCCAAAAGUGGCAGAAAAAUCGCACUAAAAGUAGAAGUAAAAGUCACUGCAAAAGUCGUAGUAAAAGCAGCACUAAAAGUAGCAGUAAAAGUAGCAGUAAAAGUAGCAGUAAAAGUAGCAGUAAAAGUAGCAGUAAAACUAGCAGUAAAAGCAGCAGUAAAGUAGCAGUAAAAGUAGCAGUAAAAGCAGCAGUAAAAGUAACAGUAAAAGUAGCAGUAAAAGCAGCAGUAAAAGCAGCAGUAAAAGCAGCAAUAAAAGCAGCAGUAAAAGCAGCAGUGAAAGUAGCAGCAAAAGUAGCAAUAAAAACAGCAGUAAAAGUAGCAGUAAAAGUAACAGUAAAAGCAGCAGUAAAAGUAGCAGCAAAAGUAGCAAUAAAAGCAGCAGUAAAAGCAGCAGUAAAAGCAGCAGUAAAAGAAGCAGUAAAAGAAGCAGUAAAAGAAGCAGUAAAAGUAGCAGUAAAAGUAGCAGUAAAAGAAGCAGUUAAAAUAGCAGUAAAAGUAGCAGUAAAAGAAGCAGUAAAAAUAGCAGUAAAAAUAGCAGUAAAAGCAGCAGUAAAAGCAGCAGUAAAAGCAGCAAUAAAAGCAGCAGUAAAAGCUGCAGUAAAGGUAGCAGUAAAAGCAGCUGUAAAAGUAGCAGUAAAAGUAGAAGUAAAAACAGCAGUAAAAGUAGCAGUAAAGUUAGCAGAAAAAAUAGCAGUAAGAGGCAGUAGUAAGAAGCAGCAGUUAAGGCAGCAGUAAAAGCAGCACUAAAAGCAGCAGUUAAGGCAGCAGUAAAAGCAGCAGUAAAAGCAGCAAAUAAACGCAGCAGUAAGAAGCAGUAGUAAAAGCAGCAGUUAAAGUAGCAGUAAAAGUAGCAGUAAAAGCAGCAGUUAAAGUAGCAGUAAAAGCAGCAGUAAGAAGCAGCAGUUAAAGCAGCAGUAAAAGCAGCAGUAAAAGCAGCAGUAAAAGCAGCAGUAAAAGCAGCAGUAAAAGCAGCAGUAAAAGCAGCAGUAAAAGUAGCAGUAAAAGCAGUAAAAGUAGCAGUAAAAGUAGCAGUAAAAGCAGCAGUAAAAGUAGCAGUUAAAGCAGCAGUAAAAGUAGUAGUAAAAGCAGCAGUAAAAGCAGCAGUAAAAGCAGCAGUAAAAGUAGCAGUAAAAGUAGCAGUAAAAGCAGCAGUAAAAAUAGCAGUAAAAGUAGCAGUAAAAGCAGCAGUAAAAGCAGCAGUAAAAGUAGCAGUAAAAGUAGCAGUAAAAGUAGCAGUAAAAGUAACAGUAAAAGCAGCAGUAAAAAUAGCAGUGAAAAUAGUAGUAAGAAGCAGCAGUAAAAGCAGCUGUAAAAAUAACAGUAAAAGUAGCAGUAAAAGUAGCAGUAAAAGCAGCAGUAAAAAUAGCAGUAAAAGCAGAAGUAACAGUAGCAGUAAAAGUAGCAGUAAAAGCAGCAGUAACAGUAGCAGUAAAAGUAGCAGUAAAAAGUAGCAGUAAAAAUAGCAGUAAAGCAGUAAAAGCAGCAGUAAAAGCAGCAGUAAAAGCAGCAGUAAAAGCAGCAGUAAAAUGCAGAAGUAAAAGUAGCAGUAAAAGUAGCAGUAAAAGCGGCAGUAAAAGCAGAAGUAAAAGUAGCAGGAAAAGCAGUAGCAGUAAAAGUAGCAGUAAAAGUAGCAGUAAAGUAGCAGUAAAAGUAGCAGUAAAAGUAGCUUUAGUAAAAGAAACAGUAAAAGUAGCAGUAAAAGCAGCAGUAAAAGCAAAAGAAAAGAAGCAGUAAAAGUAGCAGUAAAAAGCAGUAAAAGCAGCAGUAAAAGUAGCAGUAAAAGAAGCAGUAAAAAAGUAGCAGUAAAAAGCAGCAGUAAAAGUAGCAGUAAAAGUAGAAGUAAAAGUAGCAGUAAAAAAGAAGUAAAAAAGUAGCAGUAAAGGGUAAAAAAAAAGCAGCUAAAAGUAGCAGUAAAAGCAGCAGUAAAAGCAGCAGUAAAAGCAGCAGUAAAUGCAGAAAUAAAAGUAGCAGUAAAAAAGCAGUAAAAGUAGCAGUAAAAGAAAGUAAAAGCAGCAGUUAAAGUAGCAGUAAAAGUAGCAGUAAAGCAGCAGUUAAAAGCAGUAAAGUAGUAAAAGUAGCAGUAAAAAGCAGCAGUAGCAGUAAAAGCAGCAGUAAAAAGCAGUAAAAGCAGCAGUAAAGUAGCAGUAAAAAGUAGCAGUAAAAGUAGCAGUAAAAGUAGCAGUAAAAGUAGCAGUAAAAAGGAGUUAAAGUAAAAGCAGUAAAAGUAGCAGUAAAAGUAGCAGUAAAAAAAAGUAAAAAGCAGUAAAACGCAGUAAAAGCAGUAAAAAGUAGCAGUAAAAGCAGCAGUAAAAGUAGCAGUAAAAAAAAAGCAGAAGUAAAAGUAGCAGUAAAAGUAGCAGUAAAAAUAGCAGUAAAAGUAGCAGUAAAAGUAGCAGUAAAAGCAGAAGUAAAAGUAGCAGUAAAAGUAGCAGUAAAAGUAGCAGUAAAAGUAGCAGUAAAAGUAGCAGUAAAAGUAGCAGUAAAAGCAGCAGUAAAAGCAGCAGUAAAAGCAGCAGUAAAAGUAGCAGUAAAAGUAGUGGUAAAUAAAAAGUAGCAGUAAAAGCACUAAAAGCAGCAGUAAAAGUAGUAAAAAGUAGCAGUAAAAGCAGAAGUAAAAGCAGUAAAAGCAGCAAAAGCAGCAGUAAAAGUAGCAGUAAAAAGCAGUAAAAAAAGAAGCAGUAAAAGUAGCAGUAAAAGCAGAAGUAAAAGCAGCAGUAAAGCAGCACGAAAAAACAGUAAAAGAACCAGCAAAAAAGUAGCAGUAAAAGUAGUAAAAAGUAGCAGCAAAAAAGCAGUAGCAGUAAAAGCAGUAAAAGUAGCAGUAAAAAGUAGCAGUAAAAGAAGCAGUAAAAGAAGCAGUAAAAAAAAUAAAAAGCAGUAAAAGUAAAAGCAGUAAAAGCAGCAGUAAAAAGAAGCAGUAAAAAAGUAAAAGUAGUAAAAGCGGCAGUAAAAAUAAAAAGCAGCAGGAAAAAUAGUGAAAGUAAAAAAAAUAGCAGUAAAAGCAGCAGUAAAAGUAGCAGUAAAAAAGCAGUAAAGUAGCAGUGAAAGCAGCAGUAAAAGUAGCAGUAAAAGUAGCAGUAGCAGUAGCAGUAAAAAGGUAAAAAGCAGUAAAAGUAGUAAAAGUAAAAGUAGCAGUAAAAAAGUAGCAGUAAAAGCGAAAAGCAGUCAGAAAACGGCAGUAAAAAAAGUAGCAGUAGCAAAAGAAGCAGUAAAGCAGAAAUAAAAAGUAAGUAAAGUAGCAGUAAAAAAAGUAAAAAGCAAAGAAAAGCAGUAAAAGAAGCAGUAAAAGUAGCAGUAAAAAGCAGUAAAGAAGAAAAAGAAGCAGUAGUAAAAGUAGCAGUAAAAGUAAGUAAAAGAAGCAAAAAGUAAAAAAUAGCAAGGUAAAAGCAGCAGUAAAUGCAGAAAUAAAAGUAGCAGUAAAAGUAGCAGUAAAAGUAGCAGUAAAAGAAACAGUAAAAGUAGCAGUAAAAGCGGCAAUAAAAGCAGCAGGAAAAGAAGCAGUAAAAGUAGCAGUAAAAGCAGCAGUAAAAGUAGCAGUAAAAGCAGAAGUAAAAGUAGCCGUAAAAGUAGCAGUAAAAGCAGCAGUAAAAGUGGCAGUAAAAGUAGCAGUAAAUGCAGAAGUAAAAGUAGUAGUAAAAGAAGCAGUAAAAGUAGCAGUAAAAGCGGCAAUAAAAGCAGCAGGAAAAGAAGCAGUAAAAGUAGCAAUAAAAGCAGAAGUAAAAGUAGCAGUAAAAAAAAAAAAAAAAAGUAAAAAAGUAGCAAUAAAAGCAGAAGUAAAAGUAGCAGUAAAAAAAGCAGUAAAAGUAGCAGUAAAAGUAGCAGUAAAAAGAAGUAAAAAGUAGCAGUAAAAAGCAGCAAAAGCAGCAGUAAAAAGCAGCAGUAAAAGUAGCAGUUAAAAAAGCAGCAGUAAAAGCAGCAGUAAAAGCAGUAGUAAAAGUGGCAGUAAAAAAGCAGCAAAAGAAGCAAAAAAAAGUAGCAGUAAAAGUAGCAGUAAAAAAGCAGCAAAGCAGUAAAAAAUAAAAAGUAGCAGUUAAAGUAGCAGUAAAAGUAGCAGUAAAAGCAGCAGUAAGAAGCAGUAGUAAAAGCAGCAAUAAAAGCAGUAAAAAGUAGCAGUAAAAGUAGUAAAGUAAAGUAGCAGUAAAAGUAGCAGUAAAAGCAUAAGUAGUAGUAAAAAGUAGCAGUAAAAGCGGCAAUAAAAGCAGCAGGAAAAGAAGCAGUAAAAGUAGCAAUAAAAGCAGAAGUAAAAGUAGCAGUAAAAGUGGUAGGAAAAGUAUCAGUAAAAGCAGCAGUAAGAAGCAGCAGUAAAAGCAGGAGUUAAAGUAGCAGUAAUAGCAGAAGGAAAAGCAGCAGUAAAAGCAGCAGUAAAAGUAGCAGUAAAAGCAGCAGUAAAAGUAGCAGUAAAAGCAGCAGUAAAAGCAGCAGUAAAAGCAGCAGUAAAAGUAGCAGUGAAAAGAAGCAGUAAAAAGAAAGUAAAAGUAAAAAGUAGCAGUAAAAGUGGGCAAAAAGCAGCAGUAAAAGCAGCAGUAAAAGAGGCAGUAAAAGUAGCAGUAAAAGAAGCAGUAAAAGUAGCAGUAAAAGUAGCAGUAGAAGCAGCAGUAAAAGUAGCAGUAAAAGAAGCAGUAAAAGUAGCAGUAAAAGCAGCAGUAAAAGCAGCAGUAAAAGCAGCAGUAAAAGAAGCAGUAAAAGCAGCAGUAAAAGCAGCAGUAAAAGAAGCAGUAAAAGUAGCAGUAGAAGCAGCAGUAAAAGCAGCAGUAAAAGA